AACUACACUGACACAACAACACAGACACAACAAUACCAACACAACACAGACACUUCAACACCGACACAACUACACCGACACAAGUAAACAGACAGAUAAACAUUGACACGUCAACACCCUCUGACAGACCAGUGUUGUAACUUAGUUUUUUUUAUCUGAAGAUUUUUAUUAAACAAAAGCUGAGGGAUUGAAUGUUUCUUUUUACCCAAUCGCCUAUUUUUGAUAGUGUGUAUAACACUUUAGACACUUUGAUGUAGCUGUAACUAUCAUGUGUAAUAAAACUGUUACACACGUAAUUUACAGGUGAGUUCAACACGUUAUUGUGUUUCAAGCUACAGCUGCUAAUGUUCUUUAAACUGCUUUUAGCUGUCCAAUCAUUUCAUUCAACUAAACUGUGGUGAUUGUAAGGGUUACCGCUCUACCUACAUACCUGUCGACAUUAUAUAUAAUAAUGUAAUCUGUUGCAGCUUGGUGUCAACGUUUAGAAGUUAUAUAUAAUAGUUCAUAUGUGAUAUAUAUAAUACUUUUAUAAUUUUAAUAGAAGAUUUAUUUACAUUCUGCUCAGAGGGAAAGUAAUAAUAAUAAUAAUAAUAUAUAAUAGAAACAUGAUGAAACAUCCGGGACAGCAGGAGGCGCAGUGCAGCUUUCACUAUGACGCUCCGCUUUUAUUGUGAAGGACACGGACCGGAAGUGGUGUUGUUGUUGGCGGAAGGCUAACAAAGCUAACGGAACUACGCGGCUAACGGAGCUGUUCGGACCCUCAGCUCCUCCCGCAGGUCUCCAGAUGGAGCGGCGGCGUCCAGCCCAAGAGGACGUGUGUCCUCUGCAGUCUAAGUCGAUGAGGCCGGACGGAGAGGCCGUCAUCAGACUGGAGAGGAAGUCUGGCACAGGAAGUUCCUCUGGGGCUCGACAGGAAGAGGAGGGAACAACUGUAGUGAGCGGUGACAUCACAAGGACACGCGAACACACGGGACCCGGUGUCAAUAAAGUUGGGUUGAAUUCACCCAGCGAGGCCAGUGAGGAUGAACUGGGACGACUGGACAUCGACCUGGACAGGAAGUCCAGACAGCUCAACCUGACGUCCAGCAACGUGCGCGCCAUCCUGCACGAGGUGAUUACCCACGAGCAUGUGGUGGCCAUGAUGAAAGCUGCCAUCAGAGAAACUCAGGACCUGCCCAUGUUUGAGCCGAAAAUGACUCGAUCCAGACUGAAACAGGCCGUCCAGCAGGGACAGCCACUGAACUGGAGUCUGUUGGCGUUGAACACAGCCACGGUUAAGCGGCCUCAGUUUGUUGACAUUGAUCUUGAGGAGGAUGAAGACUCGUCAGAUGAAGAGUAUCGUCCUGAUGAGGAAGAGGAGGAGGAGGAAGACACGGCAGAAGAGACCUUCCUCAGUGAUGCAGACAGCUUGGCUUCACCUCUCAAAAAGCAUCAGGGCUCACAACCCAAACUUCUGGCAGAUCAGAGGACUGAAGAACCCCUACAGAGAUCUCCAGAACGCCUGGGGGAACAGUUGAUGACCUCCGCCUGUGCUCCUCAUAACCUCGUCCCUGCUCCUGAGUCUUCCUUCCUGGAGAGACUGAAUGCUGUGGAGGAGGAGCUGGACUGCAGCCCUGCCUACACCUAUAACCAGUCUCUGGACAGAAAAGCUGAUGAUGAUGGGAAUCCUGAAGGCUCCAGCUGUUUGGCGUACCGCACACGCUCCAAACUUCGUCUGGUUAACGUUCCUCUGGGUCAGCUGGAGGCGGCGCUUCUGGCCCCGGACAUCCCUGCUGACAUGUCCGGCCACAGCGCCGCCCAGCGGGCGGAGGACCGACAUUGGACGAAGUGGCUUCAGGGUCUCAUGGCCCCCGACAGUGAAGAGGAAGCUGAUGAUGAUGAUGACCCAGAGUACAACUUCCUGGAUGACCAAGAUGAACCUGAUCUGGAGGACUACAGGACGGACCGUGCUGUCCAGAUCACCAAAAAGGAAGUGAAUGAGCUGCUGGAGGAGCUCUUUGAUACACUCCAGGAGGAGGAGGAGGAGCUAGAAGAGGAGCAGGAGGAGUUGGCAGCUGAGGAGGAGGAGCCGUCACAGACUGGACCCAAAUUCAACAUCCCCCAGGCUUUACGUUUUGAGGCUCCGUUAGCCGACAUGUUGACGGAGAGGCGGAGAACCGUCAGGAAACAGUACGAAGCUCUGCAGCAGAAGAGGGCCCUGCAGGACACGACCAACCACCACCGGGACCACGUCCCGAAGGACUCGCCCAGCCCACAACCGGACUCUAUGGGUCCCGUCUUAAUGCUGCAGAGCCGAGUCCACCCCGUCUUCCACCUGGACUACAUCCAGACUCUCCAGCUGCAGCAGCAGAUACAGCAGCAUGUGCAGCUGCUGACUCAGGUUAACCUGCUGUGUCGCAAUGUGGACGUCCUGAACCACGAAACCUGUAUCACCAAACACUACCUGGAGGAGCUGCAGCAGUUUGCCCGUCGUCGUGAGGAGGUUUUCCUCCCGAGCCGUUUCAGAGUGGAUAACCUGCAGGGGGCGCUGGAUCUCCUGCAGGAGGUGGAGCAGAGAGCGCAGCCUGCUCCUCCUGCUCCUCCUACUGCUCCUCCUGCUCCUCCUACUGCUCCUCCUGCUGCUCCUCCUGCUCCUCCUGCUGCUCCUACUGCUCCUCCUGCUCCUCCUGCUGCUCCUACUGCUCCUGCCUCUUCCAGACGCUGGCUCCCCAGGAUGAGUCCUGCUACCAACAGUCUCGCCUUCCCUCUGUUGCCCGCCGACACCGCCUGGCUGCUCGCCACACGACCCGUCUUCCUGUACCCAGAACUACUUCCUGUCUGCAGCCUGGACCCCGCCAUCCACCCCCGACACCAACGCAACGUUUACACUGCAGGAGAGGACGGUCUGAUCGUUCUGGGUCUGAAGCACUUCGAGGGGACGUUCCAGUCGGACCAGCUGAUCAGCUGCUACCUGCUCCGCAAGACUCAAUCGAACUUCAGGAAACACAUCAGAGAGAUGAGCGGGCCGAGAGCUCCGCCCAGCAACGUCAUCAAGACGUUCCUGGCGCAGAGAGUCAUCCCACCGUUGUUGACCUGCAGCCGAGUUCAGCUGGGAGACCGGCGCCCCCCGGUGGACAGAAGCACCGCCAACAUGCCCAACUGGCUCAAGAACAGUCAGCUGAUCAUCCAGAAGACCCGACAGACCUCCGCCUGUUAUCCCCGCUCCCUCCCCCCAGGCUGCACCCUGAGGCUCCACCCCCACUGGCUCAAGAAGUUGGCCCAUCCGCCCCCCCCCCCGCACAGACGUCUCUUCAACUUGGCCCACAAUGCAUCUCUGCUGCCACUAGCCAGAGCCCCAGCAGACAAGCAGCCAAUCAGCUUCCUGUCCCUUCCUCCUCCAGGUGUAACGUUACUCUCCAACACCUCCGCUGUUUCAGGAGCCUUGGCUCCGCCUCCUGUCUUUGGGCCCGUCCCAUUGGCUGCUGUGUGUACAGUCCCCGCCCACCCAGUGUGUGCUGACAUCAUCCAGUCCUGCCUUCCUAUUGGUCGGAGGAUGCAGCAGAGCGUCCCCGUGCCCUCCCCGGUCCACCCGAACACCACAAAUCCCAUAAUGCCUUGUUCAACCGGCGUCGUGAAGCCAGGGUACUUCCUCCUCCAGAUGGUGCGCACGCCAAAGGCUCCGCCCACUGACAACUCCCAGCAUGCUCUAGGGCAAAAGAUCUUCAAAGAGGAGCAAAAUGAAAAGGAGCAGACCUCCACAAAGCCACACUUUCCACUGGAGGAGGUGAGCUCAGCUUCAACACUGAGUCCGGAGGAGGAGGAGGAGGAGGAGGAGGACUGGACUGCUCUGGGUGUGGCUCGUUUGAACGGAGGAGAGGAGGAAGAGAUAACAGAUGUAGGAGGAAGUGGAGAGGAGGAAGAGAUAACAGAUGUAGGAGGAGGUGGAGAGGAGGAAGAGGGGACAGAUGGUGGGGAAGGAGGAGAGGGGGAGCAAGGAGGGGAGGAGAAUGAGGGGCAGAUGGAGGACAUGGGGGGAGGACAGAGGGACGAAGACGGAGAGAAGGAUGAAGAUCAGGACCGACAGGGCGAGGAUGAGGAGGAGGAGGACUUUGAUGACCUCACGCAGGAUGAAGAUGAGGAGGAAGUGAUGUCAUCAGCUUCGGAGGAAUCGGUGCUAUCUGUUCCAGAGUUACAGGAGACCAUGAAGCAGCUGACCUGGCUGGCGGCGGAGCGGCGGCUCUGUGCAGACGGCGACUCGGAGGAGGACCACUCCCCGACCUCGCCCGGAUCUCAGGAGGAGGAGGAGGAGGAGGAGGAGGAAGAGGAGGGGCCUAAAGGGGAGAUGUCUGGAGAGGCGAGGGGCCGUGAGGCGGGACUAGACGAGGAGGCGCCGUCGGGGGAGGGGACGCCCCGAGGAGGAGGCCGGUGUCGAGGCCGAGGGCGGAGCCGGCCUCUCCGCGGCCUGAGGAGGAGCCGCCAGGAGCGCCGCAGCAAGGACGCCGCCAAGCUGCUGCUGCUGUACGACGACAACAUCCUCAACAACGACCCGCACAGGGAGAGCAAAGACGUGGCCUUCGCCCAGAGUUACCUGAGCAGGGUGCGUGAGGCGCUGCAGGACAUACCAGGGCAGGUGGAGGACUUUGUGUCUCUGCUGAACGAUUUCGAACAGGUGGGAGACGGACAGGAAGUGAUGUCGUUGUUCAGGAAGCUGCACUGCAUCCUGGGAGACCGGACAGACCUCCUCCGAGACUUCGCCGCAUUCCUACAUCCUGAGCAGGCACUGCAGUGUGGACUGUUUGAGGAGCAGCAGGCGUUUGAGCGCAGCCGUCGCUUCCUGCGACAGCUGGAGAUCAGCUUUGGAGACAACCCGUCUCAUUACCAGAAGAUCAUCAAAGCUCUGCAGACCGGUCCAGACCUGAGUCCAACCAGCAUCGACGAGCUGAAGGCUCAGAUGGCCGCGCUGCUAAAAGGCCACAACCAUCUGCAAACUGAAUUCUGGGUAUUUUUUGACGAGCUCCGCCCACCUCCUGUUCGCCCGGGACAGUUCGAAGAAGCCCAUUGGCCGGAUGACGCAGGGGGCGGGUCAGACGGCGGAGAGGGCUUCGGCCACGUUUCAGGGGGUGUGGCCAGCAGCGGCUUCGAGGAAGUGACGCUCCCAGAGCUGGAAGAGGAAGAGAACCAACCAAUGACGAGUCGGCGCCGGAGGAUGAAGAUGGCCCCUCACAGAAACUACAAGGACUGUGAUUGGUCAGAUAAAGACUGGCCCUGCCUCUGCCGCGAUGCAAAGAUCCGCAGACACAGGAGGAAAGGCUGCUCUCGCUGCCACGGCAACAAGGCUUUAGGGGGCGUGUCCAGAGCCAUGAAGAGUCUGGACCCGCUGUACUCUCAGAUAAGCUCCGCCCACGAUGAACCACAUCAGAAAGACAUGGAUCUAAAGGGGGACGAUGACAGUCCACAGCCAGAACAAAGUGGUGCAUCAUGGGAAGGCUCAUUCCGUCUCACCGACGAGAGGGAUGAGGAGCUAGACGAGGAGGAUGAAGAGGAGAGGAAGACCAUUGAGAAGAAGCAGAGUACGACGGGGAAGAGGAGCAGGAAGGAGGAGGUGAUGGGGGAUUGCAGCGCCUCCUCCAUCCUCUAUACUCCUCCCUCCACCACCUCUUCUAUGACCUCCUCCAUGAUCUUCACUCCUUCCAUCUUCACUUCCUCCUCCGUCACCACUUCAUCCACCGCCCCGUCCUGCUCCUCCUCUGCUCCUCCUCCUGACCUUACGGUCUGUGCCAAGAACAUCUCCCUGACGGCGAGCGGGGAGAAGGUGAUCCUGUGGACCAGAGAAGCCGAUCGAGUCAUUUUGACGACGUGUCAGCAGGAAGGAGCCAAUCAGAACACGUUCCAGGCCGUCUCUACUCUGCUUAGCAACAAGACUCCGAGCGAGGUCUCUCACCGGUUUCGGGAUUUGAUGCGUUUGUUUCGGACGGCGGCUCGCCAGACUGGCUCUGAUGAUGAGGCUCCGCCCACUCAGCCGGCAGCAGCCAAUAAGGAAGAAAACUGAUAUUUACCAAUCAGAAGAGCAGCAGAUUCAUUUUGUUUGUUUGAUAUCACCAGAACUUUUAUUGUGAAAGGACUCAGAUGUUUUUACUGCACUUAAAAAACUGUAAAUAUGAAAAUAUCAGAUUAA